AGAGGACCAGAGACUAGAGAGAGAAAAGAACUGGAGGUAAGAGCCCCCCCAUCCAUCCCAUCUAGCCCUACUCCUCCAGGCUCCCAGAAAUCUCAGGGCAGAGGCCACAGACAGCUUCUGGAACUCCUGCCUGGUGGGACCAUGAACUGGCAGCCGCUGUGGCUGGGCUUCCUACUUCCCAUGACAGUCUCAGGCCGGGCCCUGGGGCCUGCAGAGAAGGAGGCAGCAGUGGAUUACCUUUUGCAAUAUGGGUACCUACAGAAGCCUCUGGAAGGACCUGAUGACUUCAGGCCAGAAGAUAUCACAGAGGCUCUGAGAGCUUUUCAGGAAGCAUCUGAGUUGCCAGUCUCAGGUCAACUGGAUGAUGCCACAAGGGCCCGCAUGAGGCAGCCCCGUUGUGGCCUGGAGGAUCCCUUCAACCAGAAGACCCUUAAAUACCGACUCCUGGGCCGCUGGAGAAAGAAGCACCUGACCUUCCGCAUCUCGAACCUGCCCUCCACCCUUCCACCUCACACAGCCCGGGCAGCCCUGCUUCAGGCCUUCCAGUACUGGAGCAAAGUGGCCCCCCUGACCUUCCGGGAGGUGCAGGCUGGCUGGGCUGACAUUCGCCUUUCCUUCCAUGGUCGCCAAAGCCCGUACUGCUCCAAUACCUUUGAUGGGCGUGGGAGAGUCCUGGCACAUGCCGACAUUCCAGAGCUGGGCAGCGUGCACUUUGAUGAAGAUGAGCUUUGGACUGAGGGAACCUACCAGGGGGUAAACCUGCGCAUCAUUGCAGCCCAUGAACUGGGCCACGCCCUGGGGCUGGGGCACUCCCGAUAUACCCAGGCCCUCAUGGCCCCUGUCUACACUGGCUACCGGCCCCACUUCAAGCUGCACCCGGAUGAUGUGGCAGGGAUCCAGGCUCUCUAUGGCAAGAAGAUCCCAGAAAUAAAUGAUGAAGAAGAGGAGACGGAACUCCCCUCUAUACCCCAAGUGCCCAGAGAACCCAGUCCCAUGCCCGAUCCCUGCAGUGUUGAACUGGAUGCCAUAAUGCUGGGACCCCGCGGGAAGACCUAUGCCUUCAAGGGGAGCUAUGUGUGGACUGUGACAGAUUCAGGGCUGGGUCCCUUGUUCCAAGUGUCUGCUCUUUGGGAGGGGCUUCCAGGAAACCUGGAUGCUGCCGUCUACUCUCCUCGAACACAAUGGAUUCACUUCUUUAAGGGAGAUAAGGUGUGGCGCUACAUUAAUUUCAAGAUGUCUCCUGGCUUCCCCAAAAAGCUGAAGAGGGUAGAACCCAACCUGGAUGCAGCUCUCUAUUGGCCUGUCAACCAAAAGGUGUUCCUCUUUAAGGGCUCCGGGUACUGGCAGUGGGAUGAGCUGGCCCGAACUGACUUCAGCCACUACCCCAAACCAAUCAAGAAGUUAUUUACAGGAGUGCCAGAGCAGCCCUCAGCUGCUAUGAGUUGGCAGGAUGGCAGCGUCUACUUCUUCAAGGGCAAACAGUACUGGCGUCUCAAUCGGCAGCUUCUAGUAGAGAAAGGCUAUCCCAGAGAUACAGCCCACAACUGGAUGCACUGUAAUCCUCAGACCCCAGAUACCACCCCAUCAGGUGGGGACACCGCUCCCUCAGCUACAGGCACUGACUAUUCACCCACAGGAACAACCUUGGAUACCACCUCCUCAGCCUUAAAUAGCACCUUAAACAUUGACCAGUCACCCAGAGACACAAUCUUAGACAUGGCCCCCUCAGACUUUCAUUCCUUGCUAAUGUCACCCUCCAAGAGGCCUAAGACCUGAACCAAAUGUCGGCUCACUAGACUGCAGGUACUACAGCAGAGGCAUGGACUAUAGACCCUAGGCCUCUAAAUGUCCCAUCUCUAGUCACCACUCCCUUGUGCUCUUUCCUUCCUGGGCAGUGACUCCCUAACUCUGGGUCAGCCCCUAUCCAUGUCUUUCCUGUCCUAGGUAGCUCUUCCAACUGUUAUCUAGUCUCUGGAGGACAGAGAGAUCUCAAUCAGGCCUUUAGCUGACAGGUGGCAGCAGCUGGGAAGCUGAAUGCCUGGGUCCUGUUCUUCCCAAAUAAAGUACAAGAACACAGCAUGGCCUGUAAAACCAAGCGCUUUGGAAUCCUUGAGAAUCACAUUUGCUUGUUUACGACCUGAGCAAGUUAAUUAACCUUGUUGAGUGUCGGAGUCCCCAUCUACAAAAUAAGGUUAAUACCACUCCUGUAGGGUUGUUGCAUUAAAUGAAAUACUGUACAUGAACUUCCCAGCACAGCGUCUGGAA